AUGGGGUUGCUCCCAGCUUGGAUCGAAGAGGGCCUGCCGGAUGCUGAUCAUGUCUUCGCCUACGAUACAGUGAAGCUUGUGCGUAUCCUUGACCGGCGCUUGGGGUUUAUCUACUGGGGCGUCCAGGCCCUCGUUGCAUUUUAUAUGAUAGUCAUCGUCUUCAUCAUGAACAAGGCUUAUCAAGACACGGAGAAGUCCACUGGGUGGAUGCUGACGCAAGUACUCCAGCCACAGAUCUCCCACUUGGGCAUCAGCUGGGAUGUGUACGAUAGAAUCACCAAUCCCGGUGAGGCGGAUGCUGUUUUCAUCCCGACCCGGAUUCUCAUUACGAGAGGUCAGACUCAGGAGGAUGAAUAUUGCGAAUCUCCAUCUCAUCCGUGCAAGGAGGCGAGAGAUUGCAACGUGGGAGAUCCCCAAGUGCAGCGCAUGGAAUGCCAGAACGGUUUCUGCAUGCGGCGACAAUGGUGUCCUGCAGAGAACGAGAACUGGGCCACCACGGAGACGCAUUAUCUCGAAUUCGACAACGUGGAGCUGUGGUUUAAAUCUUACGUCCACUACCACAAGUUUGGUCUUGAUGUGACCACCGCAGAUGAGAAAGCGUCCAUUAAAUACCCUCAGAGGGGUGCCAACACGUAUCGGCUUCAAGACCUCAUUCGCAUGACGAACUAUGCGCCAGAGGAGUUCGUGGAGCUGGGUGCGGUGAUGGUGUUGAACGGCCUCUUCGACUGCAACCUCGACACGGAGCUUUGCGAGAUGAAGGUGGAGACAGCCACAGUGGACACCAAAACCGGCUUCAAUCAUGUGUACGAGAAUAUCUACUACGAGAACGGUGUUCGCAAGCGGGACGUCUACCGCAUGUAUGGCAUCAGGGUGCUAACUUUAGCCACAGGAUUUGGCGGAAAGACAAAGUUCUCUCAAAUUGUUCUGCAGCUGUCUUCUGGUAUCGCACUUCUUGGCACAGCUGAGCUGAUUGCUGACUUCUGGCUGAUGAACUGUGUGCCCGAACGCAAGCACUACACUGAGCAGAAGAUCAAGCAGAUGGAUGCUGCUAGUGAUGCCUUUCUUUCGGCGACUUGUCAGUUUCCGAUGUUUCGUAUCGCGAUAGCUGUCUGUGCGAGCCUGGUAAGGCACAGCCUAGCUGAUGAGUCUUGGCAGGACACGCCAAUUUUGACAUCCUUGUGGCAAGCGACAUCCAGCAAGGACAACGACGCCAUUGACAGGCUGCUGGACAGCAGUGAGUCAGCAGUGUCUUCACGAUCCGGCGAUGGACGUGGCCUAGCCUGGUGGGCAUGGGAAUUCCAGAACGAGUACGCCCUUGCAUCCAUCAUUGUGAAUGGCGGCGAUAUCUUGUCCGAGGAUGAGGACGAAGCGGGGAAGCCGGCCUACCGGAUGUGCUCCGACAGUUCCGACUGCGACAAAGAGAGCCUGCUGCAGAAGGCUAAAGGUCUCGUGGAGGACGUCAAAAAGGCCAAAGAGCAGCGCGCGGCCGAGCGCGAGAAGGAAGAUUUCGACGAUGAAGACGAGGAAGAGCUGGGCGACGACGAGUUCUGA